AUGGCAACAAAUGAUGAUGAAUCUGGCCACGUUUUCCAAGUGACUGGCAAUAUUCAAAAUGGAACCUUUUUCGAGGAUAACACCGGCAAGAAGCUAAAGGAGUCGGCGAGUUAUCUAAACAAGAUCCUCGUUAGAAAGGUGUCAGCAGCAAAACUUCUCUCUCGUGUCAAGGGAUCUGUGAAGCAAAUUCUCCCACCAAGAGGCACCUCGAGGGUCCUCGGCGGCUCUAUCCCCAAGAGCCAAUUAGGCACUGUCAAAAAUGGACGGCCGAAGCCAUUGAGGCGUUAG